AUGCACACACCAAACAUUGAUGCGCUUGCUGCCAGAUCUCUCCUCCUCAAGCGAGCUUACGUCUCAGUGGCUGUAUGCAGUCCAAGCAGGACGGCCCUCCUCACCAGCAGACGCCCUGACACAAGCCACAUCUGGAGCAUUGGUCCUUACUUCCGGCAGUAUGGAGGAAAUUUCACUACAUUGCCACAGUAUUUCAAACAAAAUGGUUAUAGGACCAUCGGAAUGGGGAAAGUAUUUCAUCCAGGAUCAUCCUCCGGAGGUGACGAUCCCGUUUCGUGGACAGAUCCCUACACCCAUGCUGAUGAUGAUUACAUAAAUAACGAUCUUCUUAUGGAAGCGGUCUCAGAGGAAAGAGAAAAGGCAAACCCACUUCAGGAUCAGGUUCUGGCUGCGUCUGCCAUUCAGGCACUAAAGGAAGUGGCCCCUGCAGCUAAGUCAGAUGAGCGACCUUUCUUUCUGGCUGUAGGGUUCCGUAAACCUCAUAUUACCUGGAACUUCCCCGCCCGAUUCAUGGAUUACUAUCCACUGGAAAGGCUCAGGCUACCACCGAAUUACUAUGCUCCAGUAGGAAUGCCUGCAAUUGCAUGGCAUAAUUUCAGUAAUUUGGCCCACUUUAAAGACAUGCAAACCUACCACUUGACAAACGUGGGCAUCAUUAACUACACAUUUCCAGACACUCUUACUCUUAAGAUGCGACAAGCCUAUUACAGCUGUAUAAGCUACAUGGAUCACGAACUUGGAAGAGUCAUUGACGAGUUGGAUAACUUGGGCUUGACUAAUGAUACAAUUAUAGCCUUCUGGGGGGACCAUGGAUGGCAGUUGGGGGAACAUGCUGAAUGGGCGAAGGAGACAAACUUUGAAGAUGCCACCCAUGCUCCUAUGAUGAUCCAUGUUCCCGGAGUUACUGAUCAUGGCGUUGUCACUGAGAAACUAACGGAAUUUGUUGACCUCUACCCAACACUCGUUGAGGCUGCAGGACUACCAAAACUUCAGGUGUGUCCACCAGACUCCCAGAAUGUCAGUCUUUGCACGGAGGGUACAAGCAUGGUGCCACUUAUGACAAACCCGACACUGGAUUCGUGGAAAACUGCAGCAUUUUCUCAGUAUCCCAGGUUGGGCAACGCACUUGAAGAAGACAUUGUGAUGGGCUACAGCAUGAGGACUGACAUGUAUCGAUACACGGAAUGGAUCAACUUCAAGGGAAGGCCUAUCUAUCAACCAAUGUGGGACCAGCUGAAGGGAGUGGAACUCUAUGAUCACACCAAAGACCCACAGGAGAACUGGAACCGAGCUUUUGAUCCAUCCUACAAAGACAUCAGGGUCCAGUUGUCUAGGAAACUGAAGACGGGCUGGAGAGGAGCUCUACCUAAACGACGCUCCUGA